AUGGCUGACAUUUCUGGUGAAAAAUUGUCAAAGAAUGAGUUGAAACGUCGCAUGAAAGCCGAACAGAAAUUAAAAGAAAAAGCUGAAAAGGCUGCUCAGCAACCGGCUACAACGGCAGAGAAGAAACCUGCUAAAACUGAGGAAGAAAUCAGCCCCAAUGAAUACUAUAAAUUAAGAACAGCAGCAGUUGCUGCACUAAAAAAUGGUACUAAAGAUGAUCAUCCAUAUCCUCAUAAAUUCACUGUGACAAUAUCAUUAGAAGAUUUCAUUGAAAAAUACAACAAUUUGAACAGUGGGGAGGUAUUAGAAAAUGUCACAUUAACAGUAGCUGGUAGAAUUCAUUCCAUUCGUGAAUCUGGAGCCAAAUUAAUCUUUUACGAUUUAAGAGCUGAAGGUGUCAAAAUUCAGGUAAUGGCUAAUGCUAAAAUGUAUAAUUCUGAAGAGAAGUUUGCCAAUGAUACAGAUAAGCUUAGGCGAGGUGAUAUUAUUGGAUGCAUAGGGCAUCCUGGAAAAACCAAAAAAGGAGAACUUUCUAUUGUACCAAAAGAAAUUAAACUUUUAUCUCCAUGCCUUCAUAUGUUGCCUCACUUGCAUUUUGGCCUCAAAGACAAGGAAACAAGAUUUAGGAAGAGGUACUUAGAUCUUAUUUUAAAUGAUAAGGUGAGGCAAAUUUUCUAUACUAGAGCAAAAAUCAUAUCAUACAUCAGACGUUUCCUUGAUGGCAUGGGCUUUCUUGAAAUUGAAACACCAAUGAUGAACAUGAUACCUGGAGGUGCUACAGCGAAGCCUUUUGUAACCCAUCAUAAUGAGUUAAACAUGGAUCUCUACAUGAGAAUAGCCCCAGAAUUGUAUCACAAGAUGUUAGUUGUUGGUGGCUUAGACAGAGUAUAUGAAAUUGGUCGACAAUUCAGAAAUGAGGGCAUUGACUUAACACAUAAUCCAGAAUUCACUACUUGUGAAUUUUAUAUGGCAUAUGCAGAUUAUAAUGAUCUCAUAACAAUAACAGAGACAAUGAUUUCUGGAAUGGUCAAGAAUAUACAUGGCACCUACAAGAUUAAAUACCACCCUGAUGGACCUGAAGGAGAAGAACUCGAAAUUGAUUUUACACCUCCAUUUGCCCGAGUUCCAAUGAUUGCUACAUUGGAAAAAGUUCUGAAUGUUAAAUUGCCAGCUGCUGAUAAAUUAGACACUCCUGAAGCCAAUACACUUCUUAGCCAGUUGUGUGAAAAACAUGAGGUUGAGUGUCCACCACCAAGGACAACAGCAAGACUUCUUGAUAAACUUGUUGGAGAGUUUCUUGAAGAGAAAUGUAUAAACCCAACAUUUAUAUUGGACCAUCCACAAAUUAUGAGUCCAUUAUCCAAGUACCACAGGGAUGUACCAGGCCUGACGGAAAGAUUUGAACUAUUUGUAAUGAAAAAAGAAAUAUGCAAUGCAUAUACUGAGUUGAACGACCCUGCGACCCAACGUGAGCGAUUUGAGCAACAGGCUAAGGAUAGAGCUGCUGGGGAUGAUGAAACACCACCAACUGAUGAAGCAUUUUGCAUGGCCCUAGAGUAUGGUCUGCCUCCUACAGCUGGUUGGGGAAUUGGAAUUGACCGCCUCACAAUGUUUUUAACAGACUCUAAUAACAUAAAGGAGGUUUUGUUAUUCCCAGCCAUGAAACCGGAUGAUCCAAACAAGCAUCAAACUGAAGAUGAACAUACUCCAGAUGGACCUUCAAUCCAAAAUGGACCUAAAUAA